CUUUAAGUAAACAGCUUUCUGCUUUUAUGGUGCAGUCAACCACAUGCGGAAGCGUACACUUCUGGUUGAAGGCAGCAGACGUGAAGAGAAGAUUGAGUGCUCAGCUACCAUGUGGAGAGCCAUCAGACAGAGGCAGUGUCAACCCAGCAGAAGGCUGCUGAUUCCUCUUCUGAGCUUGGUGUUGAUUUCGCUGGCUUUUUUGAAACUGCCUGUCUUUCACUCGGACCCAAAGCCUGUGGAGGUGCCGGUGGACCCCGUCUAUAGAAAGCGUGUCCAGUCAUAUGUCCGAAACAUACUGGCCCAAGAAUGCAGACCUUUUUUUGCCCGGCAGAGAAUGGUGGCUGAACAUUACAGCUCCACACCAGUGCUAGAGCCCUUCUUGGACAAGAACACUGAUCUGAAUGAACAAAUAUUCCAAUAUCCCUUACCGUUUGGUUUCCUGGACAUGAAGAACUAUCUUCAGGAGAUCCUGGACCUCCUACCAGCAUCCUCUGAGGAGAGACGUGGAGCAAGGGACUGUCGUCGAUGUCUAGUGAUUGGAAAUGGAGGAAUACUGAAAGGACUAGGACUCGGACCUCUUUUUAACCAGUUUGAUACCAUCAUCAGAUUGAACAGCGGUCCUGUGCGAGGUUUCAGUGCAGACGUUGGGAACCGCACCUCCAUCAGGAUGAGUUAUCCUGAGGGCUCCCCGAAGGUCUGGGAAGACAUGGAUUCAGAUCUUCGAUUUGUGGCUGUGAUCUAUAAGUCUGUUGACUUCCACUGGCUUCGUGCCAUGAUUACCAAGACAUCCGUUUCGCUGUGGGACUGGAUGGUUUUCUGGCAGAAUGUCCCAGGGAGUCUCCCGCUCAAGGCCUCCCAGUACCGUCUGCUGAAUCCAGAGAUUAUUAGAGAGACAGCUUUGGAUCUGCUUCACUAUCCCAGUGUUAAAGAGCGUCUCUCGGACUGGGACCAGAAUGUCCCUACAUUAGGGGUGUCUGCGCUCAAUCUGGCAACAUACCUGUGUGAUGAGGUGAGUUUAGCAGGCUUUGGCUAUAACCUCAGCCAGAAGGAUGCUCCUCUGCAUUACUACGACCACAGACUCAUGUCAUCCAUGCUGAAGGAAGUUACACAUAAUGUUCAGACCGAGACGGCUUUCCUCAAGCGUCUGGUGACGUCUGGCAGUAUCACUGACCUCACGGGAGGAAUCCACUGCCCCUUCUGUUCAUGAUGAGGAACAGACUCUCUCAGUGGCACGUGUGAAGAAGACUUCACCAAAGUGAGGAAAUAACUGAACGCACUAUGAAUGAAGUAUUUC